UGACACUGUCAGGGCUCAGAGCUGUCCCCUCCUGUGGUGCUAGGAAGAGCCCUGGGUUCCUGCUGAGGAGGAGGACACAGGGCAGGGAGUGUCCUGGCUCUGCUGAGCAGCCUGGCCCCUGCACACUCCUGGGUUGCCUUUGCUGAUGGGCAGGGGUGCGGGAGGGCUUUGACAGGAAGAGGCAGCAGCAGCAGGCUCAUCACUGGGGAGCGAGUAGGGUGCUGGGCCAGAGUGUAGGGAGCAGGGUGAGGAGCACUUUGGCUUCAGGGUGCCCUGGCCAAGCUGAGCUGAAAUCCUGGCGUGUCCCAUGUGGGAGCUGCAGCUCAGCAGAGGCAAGGCCAGUGGGCCAGGAGGACAAACUGACAGCCUCCCCAGUCAGCUUCUAAGUCCCAGCAGCAGGCUUUGAAACUUCCUGAGAGAAAGGCCAGGGCUGGCCCCUCAGAGACACCUCACCUUCUGCCCACCACAGCAUUUCCUGCCAAAAGAAGUAUGUUCUUGCACUAUGCAGUGUGAGAAGCACCCAGACAUCAACCAACAGCUUCAAGCUCUGCUCCUGCUGCCCCACCUCUCCCCGUCAGUGCUGUCACAGACAGAGGGAGGGACCAGCAGGGGUCACUGGGCCUGAGUGCAGUGACAGAGGCACAGGCAGGGCAGGUGUGGGCAGAGCUGCUGUGCCGGCACAGAGAAGGUGGAGAGAGGCCAGGCAGAGCGCGGCUGGCCAUGUGGAGUGCCCUGUGCGUGGGCUUCUUGCCCAUUGUAGCAGUCACUGGGCAGGUGAUCUUGGAGCAGCAUCCAAGGGAAUUGACUGUGCAAGAGGGAAAUGCAGUCACCUUCGAGUGCAGCACAGAGAGAAGUGCUAUGUGGUUGUACUUCAUGUACUGGUACCGCCAAGGGCCAAGUGGCUCACUGGAAUUUAUUUACAGUGAGGGUGAUAUCUAUGGACAAGGUUUCAAAGAACACUUUGUGGGAUCAAUGGAGAGCUCCCGGACCACACUGCAGAUCCUGGCAGCAAAGCAAGGGGAUGCAGCAACGUAUUACUGUGGAGCAAGAAUCACCCUGGAGCAGCUCUGCAGCAGAGUGAACCUAAAACUGACAGAUGAGGAAGACCCUUGUUAGGCAGUGGCAGGUGCAGGAAACAUCUCUCUGGCUUGGUGGCACUAAAAAUCAGUGCAGGGAGGGGUGGUAGAAGGGCUGGUCCCAUUUAUGGUGCAGGAGGAUCUGUUCUGGGAACUGCAGAAGCUGUUUGGGGAAGUGCAGGUUUGGUGCACGUUGCCUGGGCUCCUGUCCAGCGUGGCCUCAUUUCUUUUCUGUGCCUUGGCUGCAGAGCCAUGGGAUGAUGGAGAUGUGUUGCUGUAGGUUCCAGAGUGCUGUGGUGGAUGGGGCCAGGGUUUUGAAGAUUGAACUUUCCUGUACCACUGACCACUCAUCUGCACCACUAGCAUGGGACCAGAGUGUACGGAUCCAGCACAGGAUGAGCACUCAGGGAUUAUGUGAGCAAGAGUUGUUGAUCAGGCACAGAUCUGACCUGCUUUUCUCUGCAGCAGGAUCUUCCAUGGACUAGGUGAGGGCACACCUUAGGCAAAGUAUAAAAGAAUAAAUUCCUUUUGUGAUUCUCUGCUCAGCGUCCUUGUGUCCCUGCUCAGGUGACAAACAACUGACUGAGGUAGCAAAGUCAGUUUUCCCCUGGCCCAUUCCAGCGGCACAGACAUGAGUGUGCCCGGGCCCGGGGCGGGAGUGUCGGGGCGGGCAGAGGCGGCGGCGCUGCCCCGGCGAGGCGGGGCCGGGCGGGAGCGGCCCGAGCGCGGCCCCGCUCGGCUCCUGUGCGGCUGCCGCGGAGCCGGGGCCGGGCACGAUGGCGGCAGGGCCGGGGCUGUGGCUGCUGGCCUUGGCCUUGGCCGUGUGGCCCGCAGGGCUCCGGGCACAGCUGAGGCUGCAGGAGGCCGGCGGAGGGCUGCGAGCGGCCGGGGACUCCGUCACCCUGUCCUGCCGCGGGUCUGGCUUCACCUUCGAGAAUCAUUAUGUUCGGUGGUACCGUCAGGCACCCAGAGGCAGAUUCGAAUGGGUGUCCUGGAUAAGCCAUUACUCAUCGCAGAUUCGGUUUGGGUCAGCAGUGGAAGGUCGAGCCACAGCCUCCAGGGACAAUUCCCUCUCUGUGGCAUCUCUCAGCCUGCACCUCCUCCAUGCCGGGGACUGUGCCCGCUACUUCUGUGCUACCACAACCCAUGGGAUUCCUCCCAGAAGAACUGCUGCUCUUGUCUUUGGGAAUGGAACUCAACUGACCGUGGAGCCAAACACUCAAAAGAAUUCAGUCCCUCAAGUCAUUUUGAUGAAAUCAAAGAAACUGGAAGAAGGUGGCAGCAAGGGGAAAGCAGCUUGUUUGGCAAGGAACUUCCUUACAAAGGACAUCAGCUUGGAGAUGCCCUCUAAGGAGGUCAUAUAUAAACAGAGCACGUCCAUUUUGACACCAGAGGGGUUGUACAAUGCAAUCAAAGUGGUCAAUGUGACAAAAGACACAGAGGUGACCUGCACGGCCAAAUUCGACAACAGCACAAUAACAACACAGCCAGAAGAGGAGGCUGAAGAACCAGGAACAGGGGCCAGUGAGAGGGUUUGCAACAGCACAGAGCCCUCAGCACAAGAUGCUGAAGGGCACAGAGUGAACAUGCUGUCCAUGGCUGUGUUGGGUUUGCGAGUCCUGCUGGCAAAGAGCAUCGCCUUCAACACCCUCAUGAGUAUCAAGUUGUUUCUUUGCUGAGACAUGGGGAAUGAAGGCAAGUGGAACCCAAAGAAGAGCAGCAAAGAACGUGAACCUGCAGCACAAGGGGCUUGAACAAGCAGGGCAGAGCUGCUGACAGAAACCAGCCAGGACACAAGGCAGCACCUUCCCCUGAAGACAUUGAUCACUCAUCACUCCUGCCUGGCCAGCUGAUUGACACUGGAGAGUUUUAAGUGCUUUUGCUGUUUCCUCUCCUCUGAGAACUGAGGAGAGUGCAUUUAUCCUCAUGCUCCUGCUAAGCAGAUCUCCUCACUCGUCUGGCAUUUGCACACAAGUGUCCAAUCUGCUUCAACAGCUUUAAAAACUCCAAUGCUCACUCUACAUACUUGGCCUUUUAAAAGCACCUUUCCCUGGCAUGUUGUGUUCCUGCCUGUGCAAUUGGAGCAUUACUGCUGAGGGAAUUCAAGGCCAGUAGUGGUCAUUUGUAGCUUUGGGUUAGAUUUAAUAAAAAAAAGUGUGUAUUGCAGAUGCAAAGAUCUGUGUAGGAUCUGAAGUGAUUCAAUUCAUCUGGAUAACUUUCAUUUCUUUAUCAAGCCUGUAUAUCUUCUCCCAAAUAUAUCUCUUUUGCAUUUUAGGUUCCUGCAGUAGUGACAAAAAUAAAGUUGUACUUGGAGAACAUGCUGUUGGUUUUCUGUGCUUUUUCUUCUGAAACUGAGAUUGAGAUUGCUGGAAUCCAACUCACCUAAAGCCCACAGGGAUUAGAAACACGGCUUUGAAAAUGUAGCUUUCCUGUUGUCUGGAUUUGUCUUUUCUAGACUCUGUGCAGGGAAGGGUCUCUCUGGCACAUUCAAGAGCCUCAGUGAGGAGAGUCCUUGCCAAAGGCAUGAGGGAGGAAAAGGCUCAUCUCAGCAGAGAAGAAACCCUGCUGUUGUUUUGCAUUCAGUGAUAGGAGGAAGGGGCCACCAG